GGCGACAAGGUACCUGCCGAUAUCCGUAUCUGUGCUAUUAAGUCCACCACGCUCAGAGUAGACCAGUCUAUCCUGACAGGCGAGUCUGUGUCCGUCAUUAAGCACACCGACCCAGUGCCGGAUCCCCGUGCCGUCAAUCAGGACAAGAAAAACAUGUUGUUCUCAGGAACCAACAUUGCUGCAGGCAAAGCCGUAGGUGUGGUGGUGGCCACAGGCGUGAACACCGAGAUCGGUAAAAUCCGUGACGAGAUGGCCUCCACAGAGCAGGAGAGGACGCCCCUGCAGCAGAAGCUGGAUGAGUUUGGUGAGCAGCUCUCUAAGGUAAUCUCUCUCAUCUGCAUUGCCGUGUGGAUCAUCAACAUCGGCCACUUCAACGACCCCGUCCACGGCGGCUCCUGGAUCCGUGGAGCCAUUUACUACUUCAAGAUUGCCGUCGCUCUAGCUGUGGCUGCCAUCCCUGAAGGUCUUCCUGCUGUC